AUGGCAACCGAGAUUUACAUUGGAAAACGCCUCUCCUUCGAUGCCCACCUCUGCACCGUCCGCUACCACGGCACCGUCCAAGGAACAAAAGGCGAAUGGCUAGGCGUAGAAUGGGACGAACCCACCCGAGGGAAACACUCCGGUGAACACCAAGGCACACGAUACUUUACAUGCUUGAACCCCUCCCCAACAUCCGCAUCCUUCAUCCGACCAACUCGCAAGCCAGACCCUCCACGCACCUUUGUCCAAGCGCUCAAAUCAAAGUAUGCAUCAGAAGCUGUAGCAGAAGACUUUCAAGAUCCAGAUGUACAUGUUGUUUUCAAUCAUCAACCUCCACAACCGAAACCUGUGCACUUCAAUGGAAAACCAGCUGAGGAGAUUGGGUUCGACAAGAUUCGGAGACAGUUGGCUCAGCUCUCGGAGUUGAAGAUCAUCAUCCUGGAUGGAUUAUGUAUGCAUCGGCCUGAAGCACGUCAAGAGGAAUGGUUAAGAGGAGGAGAGAAGAAGGACGUCAAGGAGGCAUGUCCAAAAGCCAUCGAGCUUGAUCUGAGUAGAAAUCUAUUUGAAGAGUGGAGGGAAGUAGCUGCGAUUUGUGAGCAGCUACCCGGGUUGAGAAGCUUGAGGGUCGAUGGCGUACGACUUCGCGAUACCUCCGUAUCAGAAGAAGAGCGAAACCGCUGUCUCCAAGCCUUCAAAGGCAUCACCUCUCUAAAACUAGAAGACAACCUCCUACCUUGGGCCGAUCUCGCCCUCCUAACCCACCUCUUCCCCUCCGUCACCACAUUCUCCGCCUCCAGCAACCUCUAUACUAGCCUCACUCAACAUACUCUCAACCCCACCAUCACCGAUCUAACACUAGAAGAUAACCAUCUCACUUCUCUCUCGUCCCUGGCAUGUCUAACGACGCUUCCCAAUCUGCAUCGCCUAAUCCUCAAAUCGAAUAGAAUCUCCGAGAUAACCACAUCAGACGCAUCGAUACCUGUCUUUUCGAACACAGUCCGAGAAGUCGAUCUUUCGUUCAAUGAACUCUCAACAUGGGCUUUCAUUGAGCAGCUCAUAAAUGUCUUUCCUGGUCUGCAGAGUCUACGUGUAUCACAGAAUCCGCUUUACCAAUCCUUGCAAGCACCUGAUGGACGAAGCUUGACGGCAGACGACGGAUACAUGCUCACGCUAGCGCGACUGGGGCAGCUCAAGACGCUGAAUCACAGUCCUAUAAACGAGAAAGAGCGAUUGAACGCAGAAUCGUAUUAUCUUUCCAUGAUCGCCAAGGAAGUGCAGUUUGCGCCUGAGAACCUGCGAGAGCAAAUACUGAAGAGCCAUCCACGGUACGAGUGGUUGUGUGAAGAGUACGGCGAGCCGGAUGUUCAGCGUUCUGCUAAUGCUGUGAAUCCGAACUCGCUUGCUGCUCGGUUGCUUCGCAUCAAGUUCUAUCUCGCGGCAGCUACGGAUACGGCUUUCGAGACGGAAAUCCCCAUGAGUAGUACAGCGUACACGGUUCUUGGUAUUGUCGGGAAGCACUUCGGCAUCAAGCCGAUGAAGUGCAAACUGAUCUGGGAGACAGGCGACUGGAUGUCGGUUCGGAAAUCAGCAACGGAUAUUGUAGACGACGACUGGGACUCUGAGGAUAGCGAGGUGGAGAUGGGUAUGGAGCGGAUCAUGAGGGAGGUGGAAGUUGUACCCGGCACGAGGUCAAUUGGGACAUGGAUUGACGGGUCGGAGGCUACUGUGAGGGUCGAAGUCAAGUCGUGA